AUGGGCGUGAUGAACUGCAGUUCAAAGGGCUCUAAACCCCAGCCAGAAGAUAGCGAUGAUGAUGAGAAAGAUGAUUUUUACGAAAAGCUCCAGGAGGUUGUAGAACAAACACCAAAGCAUGACAUAGUAGUACAUGUAGUAUUGGGUGACUUUAAUGUUAAGAUUGGGCAUGAAGUAGAUAUAUUGGGCCUAACAAUUGGAAGACAUGGUGCCCAUGAGGUUAGUAGUGAGAAUGGAAUAGGACUUGCUUCAUUUGCUAACUCCAGUGGGAUGGUUGUAGGUGGCGCAAUAUUUUCCCAUAGAGAAAUUCACCAGCUCACAUGGAAUUCACUUGAUGGAAAUACAAGAAAUCAAAUUGAUCACAUACUUAUACAACACAAAUCCAGAGGUUCAUUGCUUGACGUAUGUAGCCUCAAAGGAGUUGAUUGUGAUUCUGACCAACACUUAGGACUCCAGGAAAAUUGUGGAGACAUAGAACAAAUUGUUGUAGAAGCAGCCGAGGAAACCAUUGGGUACGUGAAGAGCACACGUAACAAACAUUGGUUUGGUGGUGACUGCAGAAGAAUAAUAGCGAGUGAAAGGAAACGAACAAAGGAUAGAAUUCUUGCAGAACAAGAAUUAUCAGACACCAGGAGACAAUUCAGGGAGAAAAGAAGGGCAGCAACGAGAAUAAACAGAAGAAAGAAGAGAGAAGCGUUGAAUAAGGAACCUGAUGACAUGGCGAGAGAGAAACAUAAGAAAUGGUACAAUAAAGGAAGGCUAUAG